AUGUCCGACUACUACUCUUCAGACGCCUGGGGCCAGGCCCUUGGCCCGUCUAAGAAGAAAAAGAAGAAGGAUCAAGCAAGACUCAACACGAGCUACUGGCUUCCCAGGCUCGACGAGAUGGUCCUUCUCCAUCCAAUUUCGACACGCAGUGACGGCGUGUCGAAGGAGGAGAAGACGAGGGUUGUGAUGGUGAAUGAACAGCUUGAGAAGUACAAUCGAUGGCUGCCAUUCAUCCAAUCCUCGAAGCCUGGAAGAAAUGUGCGAAAUGCGGGCACAGAUCUGCAAGUCGCUGUGCAUGACCUAAAUGCCCUGGUAGCAGGCAUGAUGAUCAAGAUUGAUCAGAGGAUUGCGGAUGUACAGGAAGCUGCGGAGGAUUUUGUUGAGGCGGUGAGGCAAGACGGUGGGUGGCAAACGAACGGUGACCUCCUAGAUCUGACGUACGACGAGCUCGAUGAGAUCUUGACCAAGCAUCCCCACCGACAUACAGAUCCCUACAGACAGCAUCUAUGCUUUACAGUGUGGAACUCUAGACCUGUCACCAUCCUCCUCACACGACCGCGCCGAGAUCCUUUUGGACUCGACUGGGCAAUUGCCGUGCCGGAACCACCGCCACCUGACAGGCACCUUGACAAGCUCCUGCGGCUUGUCUCAGAAGUGUCUCAAUGCGAGGACGGACUCUGCGAAGCGUUCCAUCUCCUCAUAUUGUUGAAAACCCGUGCUGUCACGAAAUACGAAGGCGAAAGUCUCCGGCCUGACGCUGUCUUGGACCACGAUGGAGAGAGAAUCGACCAAGAAGUGCUGAAGCUCGUGCAAGAAGCAGACCUCGCGGCAGCCCAGAACCGGUUACCGAACGGCCGCAUCUUCUUCAACUUCGCCGCCGCAGCGCGAGAUAUGUUCGUCCACCUUCCCCUGGGAUGUGGCAUCUGCCAUCGACCACCUCCUCCACCACCUCCGCCUCCUCCUGGGAUCAUUGACCCUUUUGCAGGGCUGUUUCCGGACCCGCCCUGCGUACGGCCGCCAUAUUUGCAGCUGCUACAGACUGUACAGCAAUGGGCUCAAGGCGAGAUUCUAUCUGGAAUUAUGCUGGCUUUCAGCCGGAAACUUCCGAGAGAGCUGUGUUUCCUCGUGUUUGAGUACGCUAUGGAAGCCGAGGAGCUACCUUUGAAUCCACGCGUGUGGGAGGACGACGACUACAUCAUGGGCAUGCGGAUUGCUGGCGCGCUGAGGAAGCGUUACGUUUGCCCAAAGCCGAAACCGCCGCGGAACCCGUGCACCAAUGUGGUCGCAGAUGCUACACAGACUAUUGAGAACGUAGCUGCUACACCUCGGACGACAGUGGCUCGACCUAGCCACCAGAAGUGUCACCUCCUCAAUCUUCCGGCAGAACUCCGACUCAGAAUUUAUGAAUUUUACUUCAGAGACAUCCGCCUGCCACUACUCCCGAUCGUGGUGGAUGAUGAGACAUGCGAAGCCUACGCCUCCUUGGUCGAGGAGUAUCGCGAAGUCGCGGCUGAGGACAAAUCUCAACUUGCGCAAAAGAUGCGUGGCAACACUCACGGAUUCUGCCUCGAGAACGAUCCUCUGCUGGCUACAUGCCGGCUCAUGCGUCGCGAGGCUUCCGAAGUCAUGACGAAGGACUCGAGCAUGGCGAUCCGCCUGGCUUUUCCCUGUUGUUAUUGGGAACCCAAUAAGCUCAUUGCGAAAGACAUCGGCGAGCUCGACUGGAUAUACCCAAGAGACAGCCUCACCUCGAUCAUCGACGUUGACAACAGGGUCGGCGACCCAGUUCAAUGGACUAGGUACCUCGAAGCAAUCGAAUGGUGUGCACACUUCAAGCCGUUGAUCGCGGUGCUGUAUCUUUUCCCGGACGACAAGCUCCAGCAUCUGGGGCUGGCCGGUUUCGACGGCGCUAUCGACGUUCUCAAGAAGAUCAAGACUGAAGCCUCGAUCGAGAUGGCAAUGACUGUGAUUCGCGAGGACAUCAAGGCAGAGGCGAUGGCGGAUCGUCUGAAAGCUAUAGAUUCCGAGCAAAAGUUCACAGAUCUUGUGAAGCACCUUGGAGCGUAA